AUGAGCUCAAAAAUCAACUUUAUAACAUGGAAUUGUAGAGGAUUCACUGAAAACCCAAACAAUCAACACAAUUCCUACCAAAAAGCUGUUGACACACUACAACUACUUAUAUCAAAACUUCCACCUCGUCCAACAAUCUCAAUACUCACUGAACUCAAUUCAUCACCAUUACAACUUAAACAUGAUUUUCCCGAUCACAUCAUCUCUGUCACCAAACGAGGAAAUGGUGUAAUCAUCAUUAACCAUAACCCAAACACACUCAAACUCAAACACAUAUCAACAAUUGAUGGUAGAGCUAUUUUAGCAGACGUUAUAUUUCCAAAUCAAUUACCAAUUGGUAUUCUUGGAAUUUACGCACCAGCAUCAAAUAAUACCAUCAAAAAGAAUUCAUAUGCAACUUCACUACAAACACUUCUCCACAACCACUCAACAAACCCAAUACCAAACCAAUCCCAACAUGUAUCUAUUAUCGCAGGAGAUUUCAACUGUAUCCACAACGACAAUUCACUAUUAGAUGAUAUUAUCCAAUCCUACACAUACCAACACCAUCUAAUUGAUCAAGGUGAAUUUAAAAACACUCCAACUCAUACACAUGGUAACAGAUUAGAUAGAAUAUAUACUCAAUACAAUAGAAUAGACCCUGAAAAUAUAUAUACUCAAGUCCACCAAAUUCCAUCUUCAUUAUCAGAUCAUAAUCCAAUAUCAACAACAAUUUCUUCACCUUUUCAAAUAAAUAAACAUAAGAAAAGAUGGAUAUUAUCACCUGGUACUGCAAAUGACCAUGAAGCAAUCAAUAUUAUCAAUCAUUUAAUAACUAAUCACAAUAACACAUCAAUCAAUCAAUUUACAAAUUGGUCAAAAGUAAAAUCAAAAAUUAUUAAAACUCUAAAAAACUAUCAAUAUAACAAAGACAAACAAACUCAACGUGCAAAACAAAUACUAUUAGAAAAAGCAGCAAAAUUCAAACAUCUUGAAGAACAAUGCAUCGCUGAAUACAAUAUUAUAUGUAACAAAAACAAAUUACAUCAAAACCACACAAACAUAUUAAAAAAACAUAUAAAUGGAGAAAUACCUAGCAAGUAUCUAUCAGCAAUACUAAACAAAAGAUCAAAAGAUGCAAAAAUUGAAUCAAUCCAAUAUGGUAACAUCAUUACAUCCGACCCCGACCAAAUUGAAAAUGCAUUUGUUGAAUUCUACACAAAUCUGUAUAGCUUACAAAUAUGUUGUCCAAUUACUCACCAGCUCAUGCUAAACACUUGGCCCAUCAUAAAAAAUGAAUAUUGGAAUGGUUUAGACUCACCAUUUAUACAAGAAGAAGUUGAAGCUGCAAUUAAAACCUGUAACCCCAACAAAUCACCCGGUCCAGAUGGCGUUACAAAUGCAUUCUACAUUAAUCAUUUAAACCAAGUUAAACCAAUUCUCACUACAUUAUUCAACGAUAUACUAGAAAAUCCUCACCACAUCACAACAGAAUUCACAGAAGGUCUUAUACACACAAUAUACAAGAAAGGCAACCCCUUACUCAUAUCAAAUCGACGUCCCAUUACACUUCUUAACACUGAUUACAAGAUCCUCUCAAAAGUAAUCAAUGCACGUCUUCUGAGAAUACUUCCUUUCAUCAUCAACAACAACCAAACUGGUUUCGUACCCCACAGAUUCAUCAUAGACAACAUCAUCAACAUCAAUGAAUUAAUAAACUACCUCAAAUCUAAAAACCUCCCUGGUAUCAUCACACUAUUUGACUUCUUUAAAGCAUUUGAUUCUAUCUCUCACGAUAGCAUUAAAAGAACAUUAAUUCAUAUUGGAAUACCAAUAAAAUUAAUAAAUUUAAUCCACAAGCUAUUAUCUGACUCACAAGCAAAAAUUUCAAUUAAUGGUAAAACGACCAGAAAAUUCGAUAUUAAAAGAGGUGUAAAACAAGGUGACCCAAUCUCAGCCACUUUAUUUGUAAUUGUAAUUGAAAUAUUAGCAAGAACAAUAAAUGCAGACAAUUCAAUAAUUGGAUUACCAAUUUCACCCAAUCCACAAAUUAAAAUCAAAUUUACCCAAUUUGCAGACGACUCUACAACAUACAACAUCAACUACGAACAACAACAACAAUCAAUCAAACAUUUCGAUAAUUUCUGUGCUUCAACAUCAUCAUCUUUAAAUUUUGACAAAAGUGCAAUAAUAGAAAUCAACCCCCACAAAAUCACUGAUAAACACAUAAUAAACAACAUUCCACAAUCAAAAAGAAUUCCAAUAACCAAAAAAGAUCAAUCAGAAAGAGUUCUUGGCUAUUUCUUUAAUCAUAAUGGUUUACAUAGGAAAUUACCAGAAACAAUGAAAACACUGUUUAAAUCAUUAGUGCUAUGGAAAACUAGUGGUACAACAUUAAAAACAAAAACAACCAUCAUAAACACCUACUCACUAUCACCAAUAACAUAUUUAUCAUACCUUGAAGAAUUUACAAAAGAUGAAGAAAUUCAAAUUAAUAAAUUAAUCUCAUGGUUUAUGAAUUCUCCCGCAAAUUCUGAAUCACCAACUCUCAAUACCAAUUCCAUUGAAAACAACACAUCAACCAUCCAUUCACGUGCAAAAAUACCUUUGAUGUGUUAUGAUAGAUCAUUAAAACCAUUAAAAGAAGGUGGUUGGGGUAUGUGGAAUAUACAAUUACGUCAAGUUGCUCAAAAGAUUUGGAUAUACAACAGAUUCUUACAAAUGCAUAAAUCUGCAAACAAUUCAAUAUACAUGAUAAGUUGGAUGGAUCAAAUCAUCAACAAAUCAAUCUCUUCUCCAUACCUUAUAAAAAUAAAAAAAGAAUGGGAAAACUAUGCAACUCAAAUUGGACAUCUAAAAGAUAAAGUUCAAAUCCUACAACCAAUAUUAACAAAAAACCAACCCUCUCAAACAUUAAACACAAAUAAUAUUUCACUACCACCAACACUCAAAGAAAUCUACUCGACAAUACUAAACAAUCACCAAUGCAAAUCAAAAGACUAUAUUGGCAAGAAAUAUUCAGAUCUACUUCUUACUUCGCACCAACAAUCAAUACAACUAUUAUGGAAAUACACAUACGACCAACUUUUUGUCAAAAUUCAAAAAUUAAAAGAUCCAAAAGGCCGAGAUACAAUGCAAAGAUUCCAUGCUAGAUGUCUUCCGAUUAAUCAUCUACACAACAAAGUUUGCCCCAUUUGCAACAAUGAAAUGAAUAAUGAUCCCUAUGGUCAUUUGUUUUUCAAUUGUCAGCACACAAUCAACUUCAUUAACCACGACAAAUUAAAAUAUUUUAUAUAUAAAAAUUGCAAUGGAAACAAAAACUGGUCACUAACAAAAAACCAAACAACAAAAUUAUACACACUCAUCUAUAAACCACAAACAAACAACAAAGCAUUUAAACCAGAUCCAACAAUCAAUAUUAAUUUUCAUUUUGCAGAAAACGCACAAUAUAAAAAAUACAGGUUCAACUGGAAUUAUAUAAACACAAAUCUUGAUCUAGUCAGAACACAUGCAUAUUGGAACAUAAUCUCAUUAGUUAUUCACCAAAUAUGGAUAUGGUUAUGCAAAUCAUUAUUUGACAUCAAUAUAACUCAAUCAAUUGAUAAUUGGAACAACCAAAUAAACAACACAACACUAGAUUAUGAUAUAUUAAAAUCAAAAUGGCACAAGCUAAUAAGAUUGGAAUAUUCAAGAACUUUAUCAAACUUUAACCAAUACUCAAUUAAAAACAACCUCACAAAAACUCAAAAAGAAACCCAAUGGUCCGAAACCAUCAAAAAAUUUAAAAAAGAAUGGAGCAUAAACACAAAUGAACCAAUUCCAACAAUUACACCACCAAUUAAUUAUUAA